AUGCUCACCGAGGCCACGUGUAUUUCGCCCGAGGCGCACGGGUAUCCCGACACCCCGGGGAUCUACACGGAGGCGCAGAUCGCGGCGUGGAAGCCGGUGAUCAAGGCGGUGCACGACAAGGGCGCGCGGUUCUACUGCCAGCUGUGGCACGUCGGCCGCGCGUCGCACCAAGAGUACCAGCCUGAUGGCGCCGCGCCCAUGGCCCCGUCCGCCAUUCCCAUCCGUAGCGUGGACAAAGUGUACAUCAGCACCGGCGCCGCCGACUAUCCCAUCCCGCGGGCCAUGACCGCGGAAGAUAUCAACAAGGUGACGGAGCAGUUCCGCGUGGCGGCGCGCAACGCGAUUGACGCGGGGUUCGACGGCGUGGAGGUGCAUGGCGCGAACGGCUACCUGCUGGAGCAGUUCAUCAAGGACGGCUCCAACAAGCGUGAGGACGAGUUUGGCGGCUCCCUGGAGAACAGGCUUCGCUUCCCCCUGCAGGUGAUCAAGGCAGUGGCGGACGAGGUGGGCGCCAGCAGGGUGGGCGUGCGGCUGUCGCCCUACAGCACCUUCCUGGAUGAAACCGACUCCGACCCCGUGGGCACCUACGUGGGGAUGGUGGAGCGUCUGAAUGGCAUGGGGCUGGCGUACGUGCACUUUAUUGAGGCGCGCGUGCGCGGGAACGACGACAUGGAAGUUGAGAAGGAGGCUGUCUGGCUUGGCGUUGUGCACUUCAUCAAGGCGCGCGUGCGCGGGAACGGUGGCAUGGACACCGAGGAGACUCUGGAGCCAUUCCGCAAGGCAUUCAAGGGGCCAUUCAUUGCUGCCGGCGGCUUCAAGCGGGAGAGCGGCAUGGCAGCGAUAGAGAGCGGGGUGGCGGAUCUGAUCACGUAUGGCCGGCUCUUCCUGGCCAACCCCGACCUGCCGAGGCGCUUUGAGCUCAACGCGCCGCUCAACCCGUACGACCGCAGCACCUUCUUCAUCCCCGACCAGGUCAAGGGGUACAUCGACUACCCUUUUCUGGACGAGGCUAAGAAGGCUGAGUAG